CCUCAUCCUCCGCCAUCUGCCAGUUCCACUCCUCCUCCUGUCUCCUACCGCCUGAUUCUGAUCACCAUCACUCUGACAGCUCACCUCCAUCACUGCACACAUCCCUCAGACAGCUCACCUCCAUCACUGCAUGCAUCCCUCAGACCUCGUUCUGUCUGACUGACUGAGCUGAAUGAAGAUACUUUAAGGGAGCUCGUGUCAGCGGAGAUGUUGGCAGGUGCGUUAGUUCUGGGCACCAUCCUUUCAGCUUUACCAGGUAUCCAGAGCAGGUGGAGUGUGUCAUUUUCUAGGAGUCAGAUCUGUGUGUGGGCAGGAACAACUGUCACUCUGCCCUGCCGUUAUGACUACCCAUCAGGUCACACUGUGAAGCGGGUCAUGUGGUUCCGUGUGUCUGCAGAAGGUCGCAGGGAGUUCACUCACCACACUGACCCCAACGAGAUCAGCCUGUCGUACCGCGGACGCACCCGCUACAUCGGGGGCAGCUACUACAGCUGUUCAGUCCAGAUCCGUGUUGUGAAGCUGAGUGAUGCGGGCCAGUACCACUUCAGGUUUGAGACAGACCAACCGCUGGGGAGGUGGACCUCCCCUAACACCAUCACCCUCGAUGUAACAGACCUCCAGGUCGAGGUGCAUCCAGCAAGACCUGCCAACAUGUUUGGCAUCGGAGAGACAGUGUUUGUGGGCUGCCAGGCCAGAGGAUGUGCUGCUCCAGGAAGGAGCCUCGCGCUGUACAGGAACGGACUAAACCUGGGCUCCUAUGAGAAAUGGAUGAUAAUCAACCGCUUUGAUCGGCAACAUACUGGAGGGUACACCUGUCGACCAAUCCCACCUCAGAACGUACAGUCACCAUCGCUCUCGCUGGAUCUGGGACACGGUCCACGGUCCACCUCCAUAGCAGUCGUCCCAGUAGGGGAGGUGUCAGAGGGGGCGUCGGUCACUCUCACCUGCAGUAGUGACGCUGCUCCACCUGUAGAGAGCUUUGCCUGGUUCAAAGACAUGGACAGCGGCAGCAUCCCAGACAGUUUUAGGCCUCAGCUCCGCCUGUCCCACCUCAAGUACACCGACAGAGGAGAGUACUUCUGUGUAGCACGCAACUCUCUGGGAACAGACCGAUCCAAACCACUGCUACUCAACGUCACUUACUCUCCAAAGAACACGCGUGUGCUGGUGAGUCCACCGGCUGACAUCAGAGAGGGCUCAUCUGUAAACCUGAGCUGUGUCAGCCACGCCCACCCUCCUGCCAGCAGGUAUGCUUGGUAUCGUAUCCUAGGCGACCAGGUGUUGGCUAAAGGAACCUUCCAGAACCUGACGUUCCCCUCAGUGCGUGCUCACCUGGCUGGUCAGUACUACUGCACAGCGUGGAACCGGUUAGGAUACCAAACCUCCCCUGUUGCUACACUCACUAUACUCUACCCUCCUAAGAACACCUCAGUUCUGGCUCGUCCCUCCAGCGUGGUGGACGCCGGCCGACCUUUGACCUUGACCUGCAGCAGUCAGGCCAACCCGGCAGUGGACAACUUCACGUGGCACCGCUUAGCUCUGGACGGGGGCUCUGUACAAUCAGCGUGGGGCAGCAGGUCCGGUCCCGUCUUCACCUUCUCAGAGGUCGGCCCCAGAGAGAGUGGCCAGUACUACUGCGAGGCCAGGAACCGAAUCGGAGCCCACAGCUCUCCUGUCCUCACUGUACGAGUCAGAGGUCGUCUUAAGGUCAUUGCGUUGGCGUCAGCUGUAGGGGUGUCUGCUGGACUCAUCACUCUCACAGUGGCCAUUAUGAUCAGUAAGAACAUGCACAGAGUGGACAUGGAGUCAGGAGAGGUAGCAAACAAGCGUCCAUCAGUGACAGCUGACACCAUGUUCUAUGAGUCAGCCCAACAGACCUUUCCAGUGAGAAAGGGCAAGAUGUCCGACAUACCGGAGGAGCCAGAGGACUUGAGUGACAGCGCCCACCCCGCCAUCGUUCCUCUGAAGGAUGCUCCACCAAUCACAGAAGUAGAAACUCCCAGCCCCGCCCCCAACUACAUCACUGUCCACUACUCCAAGUUGUCCAGUGUGGAUCAGGUGCAGGUCCACAACCUGCCACUGGGGGGCGACAAAAAGCCGAAGGAUUCCUCCAAAGUUGUUUACACUUUACUGCACCAGCCUCGCCACUGACCGGCAGGAGAACAGGUAAAUCAGGUGAACAACUCAUCAACCCUCCUCAUGUGAACCAGUCGCUUUACUUCCAUUCACACUGUAGGACAGGAAACGACUCCUAGUGACGAUGCCUUACUGUCCGCUGUUCUGGGUCAGACGUGUCUUUGCGGACUCUACCAGACUUUACCAGACCACGAGGACGACAUGUGGUCCGGGUGCUGUCUGGGAGUCCAGCUCCUAAACCGUGUUGCAUGUCUUUCCCUUUGUUUUCUAUGCAUCUUACUGCACCACUGUAUGCUGCCUGAUGAAGCAGAAAUGCUUCAAAACUAUUACAAAACAAAAGGAAAACUAGCAUUCACCAUGUUGGCCAUGUGCUUGCAUCCAUACCCACAGUACAGGUUCUAUCUACUGUUGCUCUUGAGUUGAUAGCUGACACUGAAAUACAAGUAAAUAGAUGAUGCUACAGCAUCAUGUGCAUCCUCUCACCACUGAAAAGUGAUUUGUAUUCAAACAUAAUUGUCUCCAAUAAAAAUGACGCUCAAAGACAUAUUAGUGGAAGAAACCUUUAGAAAAUGAUUUGACAUCUAAUAAAGAAUAAAGAAUAUGUAAUAUUUGACACAUGAAUUUACAGGCUUAUUUUGAUUGCUGAGGCUGCAACAUUUAUUCAGUUGAUAUAACUUCCAUUUAAUCAAUCUUUCCAUUUUUACAUAGAGUAAGCAAAGCCAGCAGUAAUGCAAUAAAAAAUUACAUGUUGUAGUUUGUUACACUGAAGAAAAAUAAAACUAACAAAGUCCUGUUGCUUGAACGUAUGUUGCAAUGGUUGCAGCUCACAAACAAUUAACAGCUCUGCUCAUUAAGAAAAUCUGAUUUUUGUUUUCUCUCUUUGUUUCAGUCUUUGUGAAAAGCAUCAUACACUCAUUCAAAUCAACCAAACUUGUUGUUAACUCAAUAUCUUCUUUCAUUUCAGUGCAACUGGUCUGUUUUGGUAUGCUGAAGAUGUAAAAUGACACUUGGAGUCCUGACAGUGAACCAUGUUUGGUUAUUUAGCAAGCACUGCUAACAAAAGAAAAACACUGUGGCAAUAAAGACGUUAUCAAAAACA